UGGUGGGGCGGCCAUCUUAGGUGCGUACUCUCAAGGGCCGUGGCGGGAUUGGUUCCGCGUCUGGUGUCAUCGGCCGUUCCCCACCUCCCAGGGCCGGGUCUGGAGCCCUUCCCCGCGGGGCGGGACCUCCUAACGGCCGACUUCAGGUGCAGGGUAACCCCGCUGGAGAAGCAUUUAAACCCUGGAGAUAGCAACUCGGCGUCAUGGCCAGCAGCCCCAAUGAGGAUGCAGAAGGAAGCAGAAUCACCUAUGUGAAAGGAGACCUUUUUGCAUGCCCCAAAACAGACUCUCUAGCCCACUGUAUCAGUGAGGAUUGUCGGAUGGGCGCUGGGAUAGCUGUCCUCUUCAAGAAGAAAUUUGGAGGGGUGCAGGAACUGUUAAAUCAACAAAAGAAAUCUGGAGAAGUGGCUGUUCUGAAGAGAGAUGGGCGAUACAUAUAUUACUUGAUUACAAAGAAAAGGGCUUCACACAAGCCAACUUAUGAAAACUUACAGAAGAGUUUAGAGGCCAUGAAGUCCCAUUGUCUGAAGAAUGGAGUCACAGACCUCUCCAUGCCCAGGAUUGGAUGUGGUCUUGAUGGUCUGCAAUGGGAAAAUGUAUCCACAAUAAUUGAGGAGGUGUUUGAGGCAACAGACAUCAGAAUUACUGUGUACACCCUCUGAACAGAUGAGCAUUUUGGAUGUGACCAUGUUUUCCUGUGUCAGUCCUACUGGGCCAUAGGACUGGGCAAACUGACUUCAAAAAUGAUCAGAGGAAAGUUUCAUGUGAAAUUGCCUGUGUCACAGGCCAUGCUUGGGUUUCUGUAUUCCCAUGAUUGGACUGGGACUCUGAAGGAGGGAUUGCUUGGGAAAUGUUGCUGUGAUUUUUUUUCUUUUCUUUUCAGGAAGGUAGGUAAUAGCCUGAUAUUAGGCAGGGAACCAGGUGUUGGGCCCUAUGAUCCUUUUUGCCCCGGAUGCUACCUAAUUUGUUUGGCUUGCCACUAGGUGGCAGCAUUGAUUCUACUUCUCUGCUGUUUAAGAGAAAUUUCAGGAAGAAUAACUUUCAGUUAAUUUUGCAUUUUUUUGUCACUUGUGCAUUGACUUUGUAUUAUCCGUAUGCCCUCAAAUUCAUCCUAGGAAAGAAUUUUGAGGUGUGUUUCUUUUGUUUAAAUUACAAAAAUGGAUUUUUACAUUGUUAACAAGGAAUUUGUGGGGGGAAAAGUGGGAAAAUAAAUAUCUUCUUGGGCUACAGUGAGGUUCUGUACACAUGUUUGUGUUGUUCUGGACUUGGAUAAUGGAGGAUUCACCUAUAAUUUAAUUUGGAAAAAUCAGGGGUCUAGUGGGAAGGCAGCAAGGUGAAAAAUGGGAAUGGAUGGCAUCUAUGGGUCAGCUCACUGGUCGGGCAGGAUUUUAGAAACGACUCAUGGUGAACUCUUCUGUUCACUACAUAGUUUGUGACUGAACCUUUCUGAAUUCAGUCAUGAAACAGGAAAUAAUGUAUGGUAAAUGCUUGGCAAAGUGCUUACUGAGGAGUAAUGACUUCUCAACACAAUCCAUAUGAAUCUUCAAAAAAAGACUCACUUCUAAAAAAACUUCUAUUUUGGUAGUAGGGGGGUUAGGGACGAUGGCCAGGUUUCUUUGUUUUUAAGCUCCAGAGGACACUAAGAUAUAACCAGCUGGGAGGGAGAGCAGUAAAUAUUAAUCCUCUUCUUAAGCUAAGAAAGCAGCACUUUGUCUACUCUUAUUUUUGUGGUGGGAGAAGAAAGUUCAUGAGUUUAGCCAGUGGUUCCGUAUCAGGGGUAUUGGGAAAACAAGUGGAGUUUUCAUCUCUCCCCCCGCCGGGUCCCUGUCCCCUGUACUAUGGUGUUAUGAGUUAAAACAGCUAGACCUACUAUUGAUUUUCUCCCUUGAGUGAAUUCUGGGCCUUCAUGGGACUUGCUUUCUCAAGUGGACAAGAAGUGGAUUUUAGAAUGUGCUUGUUGAAACAGCAGGAGAGCACUGGUUAAAUAUAACCUUUGUACUUUAGACUUAUGUUCUUAUCACAUUGCAGCCUGAUAUGAGGCAGCAGUUUAAAAAAGUAUUCCACAUCUUUUGUACCUCUGUGUGGAGCACACAAGCUCUUCAUGUAGUUGGGGUGGGGUAGGGCAGGAGCAAGUUCAUGAUCAAACUUUUAGACUAAGGCUUUUCUUGAAGAAGCUUUGCUUCUGUUCAUUAUUAGUAGUAAAACUGAGCGGGAAAGAAGGGAAGGAAUGUGUCAAUACACAAAACUGAAAAUGAGAAUGGGUGAUAAGAGAAAACUUAGAAUUAAAUUCUUUUGCAAACUAUGCACAUAAAUCUUAACACUUGGGUGAAAACAUUGCUGCUUCUACAUAGGGCAAUUUUUUCUCAUGGAGUAAGAACCUUCACGAUUCUUUUAACAAAGCUUAGUUUUGUGGAGAACUGGCAGUAAGCAGAAUUCCUGGACUCAGCAGGGAUGUGAUAAAAUGUUUUAUUUGUAGAUAGUCUUGGGGUCAAAUUCCGAUGACUUAUCACACUCAAAGCCUGGAGAAAGGCAUUGCCUGAUAAUCAGAAUAAGCACAUUAUUCCUGGAAACCUAGUUAGAGUUUGGCAGCUACCCAGCAAUUCACAUGUGACAUCUUACUUCUACAUAGGACUCAGAUCUUUUAAGAAAUGAGACUUGGACAUCAUCCUGCCAUCACCAUCAAGUACCGCAUGUUGACUCCUCAUAUUGUGUAUCUGAACAUUAAAAUCCUACUCACCUCUAAUUAAUCAAGAGGCUAAUUGCUUAUUGGCUGUUGGGACAUGGAUAUUUUAGAAGUAUUUCCCAUGCCUUUUGUUUCACCCUCUACUAAGGGAUCUUGGAAGGAAAUAUUUUAUGAAGGUCAAGACCAGGAUGAGAAGUCUACAUGGGAGAGUUAGUAUCCUGUGUUGCCUAGCCAGGUUCUGAUUUAAGCUUCCCUCCCACUUAAAAUGUAGCCCGGGAAAUCCCUAUCCCUGGGACUUCAUUGCUGUCCAUAGUUAACAUCUAAAUGUCCGUUUCUUUAAAAACCUGGUCACAGAAAAACCACGCCACUUUUAUUAUUGCUGCUUAUUUUUCUU